UCACCUGCGAGAGGGGCGGGGUGAGGCUGCGGUGCAGAGGUGCGGCAGCUGGCAGCCAGUCGGGAGCGCGCCGGGCGCCGGGAGACUCGGACUCCGGGCGAGAGCCCCCCACCUGCAGUCGCCGCCCACCGCCGGGCCGCCACCAUGGCGCUUCUGCUGCGCUUGCUGCUCCUGUGCGGAGCCGCCGAUGUGACCAGCAGUUUGAGUAUCACCAGUCCUGAACACAUGAUUGAAAAGGCCAAAGGGGAAACCGCCUAUUUGCCAUGCAAAUUCACCGAGAGUCCAGAAGACCAGGGUCCACUGGACAUUGAGUGGCUGCUAUCACCAGCUGAUAAUCAGAAGGUGGAUCAAGUGAUUAUCAUAUAUUCUGGUGACAAAAUUUAUGACGACUACUAUCAAGAUCUAAAAGGACGAGUGCAUUUUACAAGCAGCGAUGUCAAAUCUGGUGAUGCAUCAAUAAAUGUAACGAAUUUACAGUUGUCGGAUAUCGGCACAUACCAGUGCAAAGUGAAAAAAGCCCCUGGGGUUGGAAAUAAGAAGAUUCAGCUGGCAGUUCUUGUUAAGCCUUCGGGUACAAGAUGUUACGUUGAUGGAUCAGAAGAAAUUGGAAAUGACUUUAAACUGAAAUGUGAACCCAAGGAAGGCUCACUUCCGUUACUGUAUGAAUGGCAAAAAUUGUCCAACUCACAGAAACUGCCCCCAGCAUUGAUAACAGAAAUGACGUCACCGGUCAUAUCGGUCAAAAACGCCACUACCGAGUACUCCGGGGUGUACAGUUGUACGGUCCGCAACAGAGUGGGCUCUGAUCAGUGCGAGCUGCGCCUGGACGUUGUGCCUCCCUCAAAUAAAGCUGGGACAAUUGCAGGAGCUAUUAUAGGAACUUUGCUUGCGCUAGCGAUCAUCGGUCUGAUCGUCUUUUGCUGUCGUAAAAAGCACAGAGAAAAAAAAUAUGAAAAGGAAGUUCAUCAUGAUAUCAGGGAAGACGUGCCUCCUCCCAAGAGCCGGACGUCCACUGCCAGAAGCUACAUGGGCAGCAACCACUCAUCCCUGGGGUCCAUGUCUCCUUCCAACAUGGAAGGCUAUUCCAAGACUCAGUAUAACCAAGUACCAAGCGAAGAUUUUGACCGCGCUCCUCAGAGCCCGACUCUCCCACCUGCUAAGGGGUCUUGAGUCCUUGGCAGUCCCAGCCCUGAGAGAACUAUAUGAAAGGAAAGAAGAGAAGAGUUAGAGUGUAUGGCUCUCUCUGACUGCUCACUCCAACACUCCCUCCCUGCAACACUAGCCUGGGAAAAGGCCAGGGAAAGCAGAGCCGACUCUGGCCUAACCAGUGCCCUCUGCCCCCCGUGCAGAACUGGCUCACCCCUGCCGAAUGCGCACGUAAGCAUCCACAGCUGCACUCUUCUCGAUGCUGUGGUGUCCCCAGCGGGUAUAUGAUUGACAAGAGUCUGCUUUGUUUGGUACCAAGCCUGUUUAUGCUUGUUGUGUUGCUGAUUGCAUAAUUUGAGUAAAUUGUACAUAAUUUGGGCAAAAGUAGUAGAUAUGGUGAAGAUAACAUAUCUGAGGAAAUGACUCUGCUGGCAAUUGCUUUAAAAAUAUGUUGUUUUCACUCACUUCAAAGAAACCAAACUUUACAUUAAGACUGAUAUAAUAUGGAUGAAGUUUUAUAAAGAAAGCAGGCACUCCUAGCACCAGGCCCAUACUCUAAGAAAAAUUAUUUACAUCAAAAAUUUGGUGACUGAAAGUAUACUGAUAAAUUUUAAACAUUUUAAAAUGUUUAAGGGAUGUAUAGUUUUUAAUGGUUUUUCACUUAAACUUUUUUGAUUGGCACUACUGUGUCAGGGAAGAGGGAUUUUACUGUAAAUCUGCAUGUGAAAUCCCUAUCAAAGAUCUGUAUUUUAACUUUUUUUGUGUAUUCCUUUCCAGAUUUCACAGUAUCAAGUAUCACAACUAGUAUUCAAAGUUAUUUACCAAAAGAUCUUAACUAUCAAUAUCAGAUUUUUAAGUAUUGUCUUUUAUCAUUGGGGAACAGUAGAAAACAUGAAACAGUGAGGUUUUACUUAGUAAAUACUCAGAUGACAAAAGUGAAUUUUACAUUUUUCAUGUUCCAGUCCCUUUAGACAAAAUUCAAACAUUUUAAAUAUACUUUCAAGUUUAAUCAGUAAAUUUUGUUUCCUUAGAAGAAACAUUUAAUGGAUGAUCUAUAAGAUAUGAAAACAAUUGUUUUUUCCAUUGAAUUAAGUAAAACAAAUAGCCAACUAAUCACACUGGCUGUUUUCUGUUGAGUUUUACAGCUUUACUUAUCAAUUUGACUCUAAAAAAUUUGUCGUCUAUAAUUUUCUAUGUGUGAUUUCAAAAAGUUGGCAGCUUUGUUAUAAGAUCAGUUUGCCUGUUUCUGAACUUGAAUAAUCCCUUCCCCCCACUCCAUUCUCAACAAAGGUGGUAUGGUAUAUAUUUAGAUAUAUGAUUGAAAAGACAUUUCCAAAACUGAUCUGUAGCUUAAUAUCUAAUGAUAAAGAUGGGUUAAAUCAAUUAAGGCACAUAUAUAUGAAUACCAUGAAACUAUUAAAAAUUGUGUCUAAAGAAUCAGUGUCAUAAUUCAGUGUUUCACAUUUUCAAAUCAUGUGACAGUAAAAUGAAUGUAUUUCAUCAUGACAAAACAGUAUGGGAGAAUGUAAAUUAAAAACUCCCUCUUUGAACAUUCCCCGUCCACUAAAAUAUUAACAGUGGUUAUCUUUGCUAAAUGGACUAUAGGUGAUAUGAAAGAUCUUUCUCUGCUUUUAACUGUUUUUCCUUAAAUUAACAUUACUUGUAUUAACAGAAAAAUAAUUCUAAUAAAUAAUUUUUGUGUAUAAUUAUGGCAUAGUUAAUUAAAAUUCUUAAUUACCGGUGACAAUUUCUAUGUGUAGAUCCACAGGAAAAGCAGUGAUUUAAACUAACCACUAAUGCUUAUCAUGGAGAAGGGAGAAAAGGGAGAUUAAUAUUUGUGAACACAACUUUUAGCUUGGGAGUUGGAAAGGAAUAUCUGAUGCCCUCUUGUGGCGGAUAAUUUUUCAAAGGUGAUUUGUUUCUUUUCAUUGAAAUCCUGUUUAAACCAAGAAAAUACCAAAAUAUCUAUUUUAUUGCUUUCCAAAUGACAUAAAAAGAAAACAGAAAAACACUAUCAUUACCAAUUUAAGGGGGACCAUCAUUCCCCUUGUUAAUGACAGAGAACUGGAACCAUCACUCCAGUCCUCCGUCUAGCUGCUAAAAGCAGGCGCCCUGGAGUCACACUGCUUGGGUUUGAAGUUCCUGUCACUUGGAGCAACUUGCAGGAAUACUCCAAGACUCAGUUUCAAUGAUAAACCUGCUAAAUUCUAUUAUUAUCCUCAUUUUUUUGCAUCUAUUUUCACCUGUCAUACAACAUGGUGGGCAAUUUUGCACAGCAGUAGUCACAGAUUAUUCUUGUAUUGGCCAUGUGCUCUUACAUAGUAUGAGUUAUAAUCUUUUAUUAUGGCAAAUAGUGCUGAAUCAACCGUACAUUGAUAUUUAUACAACUGCAAAAGUAUUUUCAUAGGUUAUCUUCUGGAUGUAUAGAAUUUGAAUUACUGGGCAAGAGAAUAUACACAUUAAAAAUUUUUUGACAUUGUCAAUUGCCUUCCCCAAAGAAUGCAAACCACAGUCUUUUGAAUGGUUCAGUUUGUUAGGUGAAAAAUGGUACUUCAUGGUUUCAGCUUUUAUUUCCCUUGUCAUUAGUGUGCCAUUAGCACGUCUUCUGUUUUUAGCCAUUUGUAUUUCUUUAUAUUUGGUUCUGCUAAAUAAGUAUGUGUAGAAGGUUUUUGUAUAUUAAGAAUGUUAAUUAACUUUUAAACAUUUUUUGGAAAUUUUCUCCCUUUGGAAAUUUGUUUUUUAACUUAAGUUAUGAUGUCUUUUGAUAUGCAGUUCAAAUUUUUUUUUAAUUCCAAAUCAGCAAUCUUUCUAUCAUCACAGGGAAUAUUUUCCUAAGCUAAAGCUUGUAAAUAUCUCAUGUAUUUCCUCUGUACUUUUAUAGUUUAAUAAUUUAUAUUUUAUCUUUAAUCUAUCUGGAACUUUCAUGGUUUGAAGUAGGAAUUUAAGUCUUAAAAAUUCAUAGCCAAAUAUUUAGUUUACUACUAAUUUUUUAUUAGUGAAUAUUUUUAACUGGUAAAUACAUUCACAUAAACUUCUUUAUAUAGUUAUGAAUUGCCUAAUGUUUCUGUCAAUGACAUACCACAUAUAUAUACAAUAGUGACAUAACAUACAGACUAAGUUUAGUAGGCUGUAUUAUCUAGGUUUGUGUAAGCAUACUCUAUAAUAUUCGCAGGACAAAAUCACCUACUGAUACAUUUUUCAGAAUGUAUCUUCCUUGUUAUGGGGCACAUGGCACCUGAUUGUAUCAAUAUUUCUGGUUCUGUACUAGUAAUUCUAUAAGUAGUAUAUUAGUUCACUCCUGGGUUAUACUUUAGAGUCUAUAAAUUAGAAGGAAAGACAGUCCCUGUCCAUUGUUCUUUUUUAAAAAAUUCUUGGUUAUUCUUGAAAAUUAUUCUUCCAUGUAAACUUAAGUCAAGUUUUUGAGUUCCAUUAAAAUUCCCUGAGAUCUUGAUUUAUGUUGACUUUACAUAUGAAUUUGGAAAAUAAUGUUUUUAUAGUAUUGAGUCAAUUUAGAAAUGUGGUACAUUCUUUGUCAGUUUUUUUUUCUUUUGGCAAAUUUUUAUAAAUAUUUCUCUAUCAGACUCACACCUUUCUAUUUGUUUUUAAAUACUCAGUACUCUUUCUUAAUGAUAGGAAUUUAUCUCCCACAAAGUACUAUUUACAUUUUUUAUCACGAAAUCAUGUAAUACAUAAUUGGGAACACUACCACUCUAUUAUAAGCAUUUAUUAUUUUGAAAUAUUUUCUUCUAGACACUGUAUGAUCAACAAUAAAACGUAACCACAUUGCAACCAUUUAAUUCAGAACUGUAACAGAUUGCCCUCAAAACGUACAUGCAAUUUGGUUAUCAAUGUAUAGUAUUAAAAAAUAAAUCCACCAAACAUGUCAAGUGCUUUUAAAAAUGUUUCUUUACCCUUCCAGUUAUAAUUUUCAGUAUAAAAAUAAUAAUGCUUAGCAUAAAAAUCUAGACUGAAGUGCACAAUGUAGAAAAAUAGUUUUCUGUAUCUGCCCAUCUUCCCCUGCCUCUGAGAACACUAGUUUUAACAAUUGGGAAUUUAUUUUUCCAAUGUUGGUACCAUCCUAGACACAAUAUUUUUAUUUCUCUACUUGCAAUAUUUCCCCACCUUGCAACAUUCUAUUCCAUGUUAUUACCAAUUAAUCGUUUGUGACUGUAUUUUCCAGUGUGUUUUUGAAUAGACAUUUGUAUUUUAACUGUUCACCUAUUGGUGGCUACUCGAGUUUUUGUUAUUUUUGCCAUUAUCUAGGUAAAAGUGCAAUGAACACUUUUAUUUAGACAAUGGCCUCCUUGUUUGAGUGAUUCUGUAGGUGAAUUUCUAGAAGUACAGCUGGUUGGUCAAAGGACAUAUGCAUUUACAUUUUAACUGCGCUUCAGAAAAGUUAUACUCCUUUAAACCUGUACUAACACUGUAUUAUGUUUCAUCACACACUUUCAUCAACACUGGGCAUUUCUGAUCUUAUGAUUGCCAAAAUAAAUCUGCUUUAAUUACUAGUGAAGUUCAUACCGUUUAUCAGUCAUGACACUAAAUUGUAUACUUAAGUUAACCACUAAACUUCUAGCCUGGUUAGAAAUGCUUGCCACCUAUAUUCCCUAUAGGUUUACCAUAUAUUGUAUACACAUUAAUAUAUGCAAUAUUUUAAAACAUCCAUAAGCCAAGCUGUGGAUGUCUGUCAUAAUACUUAGUAUUUUCCCGUCCUGUGAAAUUACAGCAAGGCUCCCAAGGCUUCCAUACUUACAAAGGUCAUUUCUGCAGUUUUUCCUUUUUUGAGGGUAGAAAUAAAAUUCAGUAUUUUUGUGUUGAUCAUGUGCUUUAAGGAAUAAAUAAGCCACCCUAAGCAGUGGUGUAUCUACUGCAAGUCCUAAUAGUGAAUUAGCUUUUUUUUUAAGGAUUAUAUUUAUUUAUUUUUAGAGAGGGGAAAGGAGGGAGAAAGAGAGUGAGAAAAAAUAUGUGGUUGACUCUCACACACAGCCCCACU